AUGCCUUUAAAGAUUAAAUUCUCAAGAAGGCCAGACCCCCCGCCAGCAGCAGAACCAGCGCCUGUACCAGUACCUGCACCUGCACCCGUGCCUGCGCCCCCAGCGGCUGAAACUACUCAACCCCCGCGCAAAAUCACCCUUAAGAUUGCACGGAAACCACAACCCGAGCCGAGUGAAGAGAAACCAAAGAAGAAGAAAUCAACAAAGAAGCGACCGGCCGAAAGUGUCGCGCUGCCUGAGCUCGAGCCAGAGCCCGAACCCGAGACAAGUCUACAAGCCCCCAAGAGAAUAAAGCUCCUCCCAUCCAAGAAACCCGCCUUACAGUCAAUCCGCAUCAAAAACAAGGGAAUCGUUCCCAACCGACCGGUAGGCGUUGGAUAUGAUUCCGAAGCCUCGGACACCGAAAAUGAUCCCGCUAUCGAAGAACAAUUCAUCCUACGAAUGCUCCCAGGAGAAGACUGCGACAUUGUGAGGAAAUCCAUCACCGACAGGACCUUCAAGACUGGUGAAGUCGGUCUCAAAGCUCUCACACGUGAGGGCCGACGUUCCAUCUUGAAUGUUCGGGGUCGCCAAUAUGCGGCAGCUCUAGUGGAUCUACCCUGCAUCAUCGAGGGCAUGAAGAGUUGGGACCGACGAGGUUGGUACAAAUCAGCAGAUAUCUGCCAAAUGCUUCUGGUGCUGGGACGUGUCAACAGCGACCAAGAAGCUAUGGAAUACCCACUUCCCCCGGGUGUUGACUCCCCCGAUGAAAAGACACUUCAAUACGCACACGGUAUCGCACCACCCCUCCGCUGGGUUCGCAAGCGCCGAUUCCGCGAUCGUGUUAGCACACGUACAAUUGAACAAGUUGAAAAGGCUGUGGAAGAACUCAUGGCCCAAGACGAAACUUCGAUUUUCCCUCCCAAGUUUGAGUUGGUGGACAGCACAUCCCUGAAUCGCGUUGAGGGCUUGGUGCAAUCGGGAGAAUACGAAGAUGAAUACGAUGAUGAGCAGGAUGCAUAUGGCGAAGCGGAGGAAGAGAUGAUGGAUGACUUCGAGGACGCUCUUGCUGCUGAGAUGGAAGCCGCAUUGGCUGCCGGUGAUGAUGAAGCACCAGGGCCAGGACCGGAGCAGGUGGAUACUCCGUCAAUGCAGCCUUUCACUCCAGCUGGCGGACAGACCGAACGCGGCGACACCUCUGCCGAUGAAAGCAACAUAUCCGACGAGGACGAGGAAGAUGAGCUAGAUGACGAUCAAAUUGAGCAGCAACAACAGCUCCAGCAACAGCGGGAGGAAGUCGCCGAACUGGAGGCUCUUAUUCGCACAGAAACCGCACAGUGGGAGAAGGUGCAAAACCAUAUCCUGCGCAACAAGAUGGGCCGACGUAUCCAGGAACUGAAGAAGGACCUGCAACUAAAGAAGGUCUCUAUGGGCAUGCCAGCCGGAGACGAUAUCUGA